AUGUGGCAGUAUAUAUUGGAGACCGGCGUUUACCCGCGAGAAGUGGAGAUCCUCAAAGAGCUAAGAAAUGCAACUGCAGAGCAUCCUCUGGGCUUCAUGGGUGCUGCACCUGAUUCGGGGCAGCUAAUGGCGUUUCUCUUGAAGCUUUUAAAUGCUAAAAAGACAAUUGAAGUGAGAGUUUUUACUGGAUACUCUCUUCUCCUCACUGCACUCACCAUUCCUAAUGAUGGAAAGAUUAUUGCUAUGGAUCUAGACAGAAAAGCUUAUGAGAUAGGACUACCAUUCAUUAAAAAGCCUGGUCCAGAACACAAGAUUGACUUCAUAGAGUCUCAAGCUUUACCAGUCCUUGAUAAACUCCUAGAAGAUGUGACGGAGUCAUUAUCUGCAGACGUCUUCGCUGAUAUGAUAUGA